CUCGUCGAUGCGGGCUUGUUUACGGUUCUGCCAUUGGCCCCUUUUACUGGUGAUCCGUGUUUGAUUACUGCACUCGUAGAGCGUUGGCGACCCGAGACAUCGACCUUCCACAUGCCUUUCGCUGAGGUGACGAUCACUUUAGAGGACGUUGCGACACUGACUAGUCUAGCGAUCGACGGUGAUGCCGUCGUAAUAGACAUACCAGACCAAGACUGGAGGGAUAUGUGUCUUCGUCGGUUAGGAAGGGCUCCAACUGAACUUGGCGGCGGCGCCAUUAGGAACGCUUGGCUCAGGGAAACUUUCGAUCAGCUACCACUUUCGGCAUCACCAAAGACUACAGAGCAGUUUGCACGAGCUUAUGCUCUGUCUCUACUAGGAGGUGUUUUGUUCCCUGAUCGGUAUGGAGGUUUAGUUCAUCUGCAGUACCUACUUUUGGUGGAUGAUUGGCGCAGAGCGGGGAGGUUUGCCUAG